AUGGCAGUUCUUUCGAAACUUCAAUUGCUCGGGCAAGCGGUUCCAGCGAAACAAUAUGCUCCAGGAAUGGUUGGAAUGUUGGCUGUCUUGGCAUUGGUCAAAUUGUAUAAACAGGAUAUCAGAGGAACCAAACACCUGGUAGCAAAAACCAAGAAAGACGGUUCAAAAGGACAGAAAGCUCAUGUGGAUGGAGUAUUCCUCAGCAAAUUGGCUCGAAUUCUGAAGAUUCUGAUUCCAAGUUUAUUCUCAAAAGAGGCAUUUUAUCUAGCACUCAUUGCAAUUUCACUUCUCUGUAGAACGUAUGCUGAUGUCUACAUGAUUAUAACUUCUACGAAAAUUGAAGCCUCCAUCAUCGACCGAAAUCCUCUUCUGUUCGCUUUGGAAGCAUUCAAAUAUGUUCUCAAUCUGCCAGCAAUCUCCGUUACGAAUGCACUUCUGAAGUUUGGAAUCGCAGAAUUGAAGCUUCGAUUCCGUGAAAGACUAUCCACUCAUCUUUACUCUCAAUAUCUCAAGGGAUUCACUUUCUACAAAAUGUCCAAUUUGGACACGAGAAUUCAGAACGCAGAUCAACUUUUGACUCAGGAUGUUGAUAGAUUCUGUGAUGGAAUCGUUGAAUUGUAUUCAAAUCUUUCGAAGCCUAUUCUCGACGUCUUCUUGUAUCUUUUCCGCUUGGGAACAUCUCUCGGAUUCUCUUCUCCAUCCAUCCUUUUCUCCUACCUUUUGUUCACUGGAGUCGGAUUGACUUAUUUGAGAAGACCGAUUGGAAGAUUGACAGUGGAAGAGCAAGCUCUGGAAGGAGAAUAUCGAUAUGUGAACUCUCGAUUAAUCAUGAACAGCGAAGAAAUUGCAUUCUAUCAAGGAAAUCAGAGUGAAAAAGAAACAAUUAUGAGCACAUUUGCUAGUCUCGUACAGCAUCUUCGAAAGAUUAUUCUCUUCCGAUUCUCUAUUGGAUUUGUUGACAACAUUGUCGCCAAGUAUCUGGCCACUGUUGUCGGAUGGUACGCCGUUGGAUCUUCAUUCUUCGACAAGAAUCAUAAACCAUUUGUUGGAAUGUCUCGUAAUGAAUUGAUGCAAGAGUAUUACAAUUCUGGAAGAAUGAUGUACAAAAUGGCGGAGGCACUCGGAAGACUUGCGUUAGCUGGAAGAGAUAUGACCAGAUUAAGUGGAUUCACGAGUCGAGUGGAUACACUUUUGAAUGUGUUGGAUGACGUUAACAAUGGAAAUUAUAAGAGAACGAUGAUUGGAGAGAAGGAUGAAUCAAUCAAUUAUCUUUUGAAGAGUGAUUUGGUGGCUGGAUCUGGAAACUUACUUGUUCGUGAUAACGUCAUUCGAUUUGAGAGAGUUCCAUUGGUUACUCCGAAUGGAGAUGUUCUAAUUGAAAGUUUGGAUUUCGAAGUUCCGUCAGGAAGAAAUGUGUUGGUUUGUGGACCAAAUGGAUGUGGAAAGAGUUCUCUAUUCCGUGUUCUUGGAGAGCUUUGGCCACUUUUCGGUGGUACUCUUACAAAACCAGCAAAGGGAAAACUAUUCUACGUACCACAAAGACCAUAUAUGACACUUGGAACUCUUCGUGAUCAAAUUAUUUAUCCAGACAGACCGAUUGAUAUGAUAAGAAAGGGAAUUAGCGAUCGGGAUCUCGAACAAAUGUUAGAAAAUGUUCAAUUGACUCAUAUUUUGGAAAGAGAGAAUGGAUGGGGUGCUGUUCAAGAUUGGAUGGAUGUGCUAUCAGGAGGAGAGAAACAGAGAAUUGCGAUGGCUCGUCUAUUCUAUCAUAAACCCCAGUUUGCGAUUCUGGACGAAUGUACAUCGGCAGUCAGUGUUGAUGUAGAAGGAGCAAUGUACCGUUUGUGUCGUGAGAUGAACAUCACUUUAUUCACGGUUUCUCAUCGAAAGUCUCUCUGGAAAUAUCAUGAAUAUUCUCUCUACAUGGAUGGACGUGGAUCCUAUCGUUUCGAACAAAUUGAUGAUCAAUCUGAUCAAUUUGGUUCUUAA